GAAAUUCCAGAGUGGGCGGUUCUGAGUCAAAGUUCCUCCUGGGCAGCGGAGAGGAAGUAGAAGCGAUGCCAGUGAUGCAGAGCUCUGGAGGUUCGGGAGUGGUUUGGACCCCGAUCCGUAAAAUUUUAGCAGGCAGAGAUACCUGGAAAUUCAGUAAUUAAUCUGCAGUUAUGGAAGGCAAGGGGCCUUAUCGAAUCUACGACCCUGGUGGGGGGACACGGGAGGAAGCAUCUGCUACCUUCGAACAGCUGGUGGAAGAAAAUGCAAAGCUUAAGGAGAAGAUGCAGGGGAUUAAAUCUCUAGGUAACGGAGAGCUAUUAGAAGAGUCUCAAUUAGAAGCGUCCAGAUUACGUCAAAAAGUGGAAGACCUUGUGAAGGACAAUGAAAUGCUAAGAUCAGCCUCCUCUUUCGAAAAAUUUGCAGAAAUAGCAGGUGGGAUUCCAGAACUUUGCUCUUCCUCCGAUAUUCCAGUUGAGGGUGAGAAGAACCUAGAAAAAGUGGCACAGAAGCCAUCUUCCAGUGGAUCUUCAUCUGAAUUUGAAAUCGUUGGCACUGAAGAUAAGAAGUCCUCUCAGGAAAACAGUAGGAAGUCUGACUUAGAGCCACUUCCGAACGAGGACGCCAACCUUAUGCUCCACCUUCAGCGCUUUGAGAACACACUCAGUCUUUUUGCUGAGGAGUCUGACAAAACCCAGCUUUUUGCCCAUCUGGGGCGUAUGGCUCUGGAGUUUAACCGCCUGGCCUCCAAAGUGCACAAGAACGAGCAGAGGACAUCCAUUCUUCAGGUCCGAGGGCUGCUGGCAUUGUGUGAACAGUUACGGAAUGAAAACGAGGAGCUGAGGACAAAGUUGGAGAGGGAACUAGAGCAAAGGAAUGAGAUUUCAGAGAAACUAAGGUGUGAGAACCUGGAACUCAGAAGGAUGGUGACGAUGGGAAGUAAGGAAGGAAUGAAAGUGGAAAAUACAGAAUGUGCUGGCCAGCAACAGAAGGGAGCCACAGAGGAGAAAGCAGCAGGGAAGAGCAUGUUGGGGACAAGUGAGAAGAAAGUGAAGAUACUGGAACAUCAGCGCAAUGAGCUAUUGGAGGUGAAUAAACAGUGGGACCACCAUUUCCGGUCCAUGAAGCAGCAGUAUGAGCAGAAGAUAACAGAUCUGCGACAGAAAUUUGCUGAUUCCCAGAAGGCACUAGCAGAGUUAGAGACAGAGCGGGAGCAGAAACAGAGGGACUUUGACCGCAAGCUUCUCUUGGCAAAAUCCAAAAUUGAAGAAGAAGAGGCAGAAAAAGAGAGACUUGGUAGGGAGGUAAAGGACCUCAAGCAGAAGGUGAAGGUUCUUCAGGAUCAGUUGGCGCCAGUCACGAGGCAAAGAGAGUACCAGGAGAAGGAGAUUUUCCGGCUAAAUAAGGCCUUAGAAGAGGCUCUGAACUUCCAAGCACCUGCCCUUUCCCCCUCAGCCUUCAAAAGUCCUACUGAUCCUGGCUCAGGACUCCGGCACCAGGAGGUGAUGACCCAGAAUGAACUUCUGAAGCAGCAGGUGAAGAUUUUUGAGGAGGAUUUCCAGCGGGAGCGGAGUGACAGGGAAAGGAUGAAUGAAGAGAAAGAGGAGCUGAAGCAGCAACUAGAAAAACUUCAGAAGCAGUUGACCCUUACUAAUAACCAGCUGCGUAUCUUUAAAGAGGACUACCAUAAAGAGAAGGAAGAAAAGGACAAGUUUAAGAAACUGCUUAAACAGCACAAACAGCAUUCAGGUGACAGACUGCAUCCAGAGCCGCAACCAGGACAAAUGAGCCCAGUCUGCCCCGUGUACCAGUUUCAGUGCUCUCCUCCAGUCCCACCACAUGUGUUUCAUGGUUUUGAGGACUGGCAGCAGAUCCGGUACCCACCAUCAGCAGUGGCAAAUGAGCAUCCUCCAGUUCAGAAUUACCAUCGUGUCCCACCUCCAGAUUAUACCUGGUAUCCAGCAUGUGUUAUAUCACACAAUCAGAACACACGAGGGGACGGUGUGAAACAAUUUCCCAAGGAAUCUGACCCUACAGGUCUUGGGUUACCUAAAAAUCAAAGACCUGUUUAACUUUGUGGUGAUAUGUGUAAACUACAGAAGUGGAACAGCAUCAUGUGUUUGUCCAGCUCACCUCCUUACUUCUGGACAUUGGUCAAAUUUAUCUGUGUAUAAAAACGAUCCACACCGCUUGGAUACUUGAGAUAAUAAGCACUUUCAGCAGGAUUUUCUGACACUGAAUGGCAGAUGCUGCCAAGAAGCAACCAGUGACCCAGUGCUUUUGGACAAUCUCUCCUUUUGAAAUCUCUGGAUCUUGUUUUCUCUCAGCAUUUGGAUCCACAACUUUUUCUCCUCCUACAUUCAAGGAUUCAGCUGUAAGAGAACACCUGUUGAGCAAACACUAGGAUUUCUGGGUUAUCAGGACCUAUGUUUAGCUGAUUCUCUUACAAUAGGGCAGCUGUAUAUCUAGGAUGUGGCAAUUUUGCAUUCGUUGGCAGUGAAAGCAUGCUUUGGGCAGCACAGCAGUCCUUUUAUAAUAACUAAUGACUGUACAAGUUCAGGAUUCAGCAGUUGCACAAGGACAAAGAGAAGAAAUCUUCUCAUGUUUGUCUAGAUAAUGUAUAGGAAUAAAAAUGAAUUAUAUACUCAUACACACAUACACAUUUCCUACUCUGAAUGAAUUAUACACUCACACAGAGAGAGACACACACAUUCAAACUUGUAGUUGUCAAUAAAUACGUUAACCCUAGUGGUUGUUAAUUUGAGUUGAAAACUGUUCAUACUAGUUUAAUUACCCACCUAUCCCUAAAAUAUGGCAGCCCUUUUUGCUCCCUCUUAGUUGAAAGCAUAUUCCAGUUCUUCACAUAUCCUACUGCAUGUUGCGCAGUGGAAUUACGUCUGAUUAUUUAAACUGCUCAGUGGGAAUAGGCUUCAGAUUUCACUUCCCGGCUUCUAUUUUUGUCCCAUUCCUGGUUACUCUUGAUCCUAGCUUAUGGACUAGAUAGAUCUGUUCCCUGAUCUAACAAUGCAGGUCUAAUUUUCUUUUGUUGGAGAAAGGGUAUAUUUGCCCCUCACAUGAUUUAAAUGGGUUAGAUGGAUGGUGAGUCUUUUUUUCCCCCCCAGAUUACUGGUCCCUUGGAGCAAUGUUAUGAAAUGCUGAACCAGCCAAGCAAUUUUCAAAGUGUGUAGCACUGGAAGUGGCAUAAAUUGCUUGUAACAUGUUCCUCUAAAACAUGGAAUAUAUAUGCUCAUUUGAAACUAGAAUUCAUGUUCACCAAUAAGCACAUAAUUGAGAAAUAAUUGUGUGUUUUCUUUUUCUUCAUCAAAUAAAGGAAAAGAAAAAUGAUUUCAGAAUGUUCGCAGGGCAAAGAAAAAUGCAGAACAUGAGUGUUGUGAAGAACCUGUAAACCUCUUCUCUUUUAAAAAAAAAUCUUUUCACUGAGUUUACCUUCUGUCAUAGGGAAGUGUCUGUCAAUUAUUAUAGAACAAAUUGUAUUGUAGGAAGAGGUGAAAGGACAGGCAUAAUAGGAUUGGAUGUUUUGCAUGUCUACAGUCUCUAGAUGGAGACCUCUUUCCAAAACAUUUUGAGAAACUCUUAGCCUGCGUAAACACAGUGGCAAUUUAUAUGAAUAUUUUACUAGCUAAUAUUCUGGUUUCAAAAAAGCAUUGGAUAAUUUGUGCAAAAUUAUCUUAAAUAUAUUCAGUUUAAUAAAAUACAUGUUUUCCUGG